AUGAAUCCAUCAUCUUUUGGAUUUGCUACAUGGGAAUUGGUGAAAUUACGUCCUAAUGGCAACAACGGGCCAACAAUUAUUGGUUUCCUCCUUCUUCAACCUGAUUUAUGUCACAGAAAGUCUUGUCCAGUUGUGCUUCUUUUGCAUGGAAAUGCAGGAAACUCAACUACACGGCUACCAAUGUGUCAAAUUUUAGAAAACCGUUUCCGAUGUAAUAUUUUUAUUAUUGACUAUCGAGGUUAUGGUCAGAGUACCGGAAAGCCAAGUGAAGAGGGUUUAUAUGCAGAUUGUAAGUGUGCUCUUAAUUAUUUGUACAUGAGAAAUGAUCUGAACAAUGAAAAAAUAUUUGUACUUGGCCGAUCAUUGGGAGGAGCGUUAGGUAUUUAUUUGGCAGUGGAUCCUGUAUCAAGUGAGAAAAUAUGUGGUGUUAUUAUUGAAAAUACGUUUACAUCUAUUACUGAUGCUGCAAGUCAUAUCCUCAAUAUACCCUGUAAAUUACCCUCUUGGUUGUUCGCCAAUCAAUAUACCUCCUUGGCUAGACUUCAAAGUUGUAGCAAAUCUAGGAAGAGAUCAUCUGCUUUCCCACCUCUUUUGCUUAUCUCGGGUGAGUUGGAUAAUAUUAUUCCACCAAAAAUGAUGUGGAAGCUUGCUGAAGCUUAUGAAAACAUAGUGACAAAACAGCAUAUUCGGAAUGAAUGUAGUUCGAACGUGAAGUACGACAAUCCCUCAAAGCCCAACUCGCUUUCCCAAAACCCAGUUACCUUCAUUAAUUCUGGAACAGAUGGUCUUGUGAGUUUUCCGGAUGGUCAUCAUAAUGAUACUUGGCUUUGUAACAAGUGGUCUGAUGUUAUUUUGCGUUUUGUCGAACAAUCCAGCUUACAUAUCAGAAAUACCGUCAACGAAAUUGAUCUCAAUCUGUCAGUUUGA